UUGACAUUUUCUCACCACUGCACACUACACUGCACUGAUCCUCUUUUAUAAAACAAAUCUCCCCUUCUCUGCCAAAUUCUUCACUUUUGUCUCUCCCUCCCUACUCCCUACCUACAUAUAUCCAAUCCAAAUUCUCCGGCCAUUUCAAAUACAAUCAAACAAUGGAUCCUCUUCUCCGGCAACAUUUCUUCCGGCAGCCGGAGACACCUACAGAGCCAAUGGAAUUCUUAACCCGAUCUUGGAGCUCAUCAUCUCUACAACUUUCCAACACCCUCUCCCUUCCUCAGCCAAAACCCAUAACCGGCGCCGGCGAAUCAAUCCCUGAGGACAUCGCCGGAGAGGGUACAACUAUCUCCAGCAACCCUUUCUCCUUCGCCUCAUCGGAGACUUGUCAGCUUGUAAUGGAACGCAUAAUGUCACAAUCCCAAGAAGUAUCGCCGUUAACUUCUGGAAGAUUAUCUUACAGCAACGGAUCUCUUACCGAUAGCCCCCCUGUUUCACCUUCCGAUAUCAUCGACGAUCUCAAGUAUUGUCGUCUUAACAGCAACCAAGUGAUGAUUAAUAACCAUCAUCAUUAUCAGCAGCAGCAGCAGAGAUUUGGGGCACCCACCGGCGCCGGCGGAGGAAAGACGGUGGGACGAUGGUUUAAGGAUAGGAGAGAAAAGAAGAAGGAAGAGAUGAGGGCACAUAAUGCACAGCUUCAUGCUGCUAUUUCGGUUGCCGGAGUAGCUGCAGCUAUUGCGGCGAUUGCUGCCGCCAAGGCGGCGUCAUCUGCUUCUAGGAAAGAUGAGCAGAUGGCGAAGACGGACAUGGCUGUCUGUUCUGCGGCUACUUUGGUGGCGGCUCAAUGUGUUGAGGCGGCGGAAGGGUUGGGUGUGGAGAGAGAACAUCUUGCUUCUGUAAUUAGCUCUGCUGUUAAUGUUCAUUCUGCCGGUGAUAUCAUGGGUUUAACAGCAACUGCAGCAACAGCAUUGCGUGGGGCAGCCACAUUGAAGGCUAGGGCUUUAAGGGAAGUAUGGAAUGUAGCCGCUGUGAUCCCUGCCGCCUCCGACAAGAGAAGAGGAGGAGUUGGUGGUAAUUUGAGCGACGGACUUAAUAAUCCAUCGCAAGAGAAUUUCCUAGGCAUGUGCAGCCGAGAAAUGCUGGCUCGCGGCUGCGAACUUCUCAAGCGAACUCGCAAUGGUGUUACCACCAUCCAUUUCUCGGUUUAUAAGAUUCAAUAACAUCGUCUCUUAUGCUAACUUUUGUUGUGUCUUUAUAUUUUAGGUGAUCUUCAUUGGAAAAUAGUCUCGGUUUACAUUAACAGUACUGGUCAGGUUAUGUUAAAGAUGAAGAGUAGGCUUGCUGGGACCAUCACUAAAAAGAAAAAGAAUGUGGUGCUUGGUGUUUUAAAAGAUGUUCCAGCUUGGGCUGGAAGACAAUUGCUGGAGGGUGGGGAGAAUCGUCGAUAUUUUGCCUUGAAAACGAUUGCAAGGGGGGUUAUAGAAUUCGAGUGCCAAAAUGAUAGAGAAUACCAAGUAUGGACUCAAGGUGUUUCGAGACUUCUUCUAUCUGCUGCUACAAUUUGAAGAAGAAAAGAAGAAAGUUUACUAUAUAUAAUAUAUAUUUGGGACAUUUGCUUUAUCUUUGGAGUUUGGACUAACAUGUGAUAUUGUUGCUUUUCUUUAGUUUUAUUUCUGGAAAAUGAAAAGAAACUGGGCUAUGUAUUUCUUUGUGCUAUUAUAUUUUGUUAUAGAAUGUAACUGUGAAUAGGGAUGGAUGUGUUUCAUAUUUUAGACAAUGUUUAAAGCCUAUCAUGCCUCUUGUGUUUUUAUAGAUUUUGUCAAUUGUCUUGAUUUUAAUU